AUGUUCGUUGAACAUAAUGGUCUAAAUUUUGCAGGAUUUUAUCAUUCUGCAAUCUUGAACACCCAUGAUGUCGGGGGAGGGGAUAAUUUAUGGGAGCUGGCAAAACGAACAUACAAUUCCUUUGCUAAUGCCAAGAACAACAACAAGCAUUUUUCGGACAUGGCCGAUAUUAACUUUUUGAUGUGCAAAGCAAUAGAGAACCCAGGUUUAACACCAUCAGGAUCACUAAGAACUUCACUGAUAUCUGUCUUUGAGGACCCUGUGAUCAACCAUUCAAACAAAGAGCGUCAAGGGAUUGGGCUAGAAGACUUCAUGGGAUGUGCCUCAGUUCAUGGUGUAGGCCCAUCCUUAGCUAUAUUUGACACUAUACAAGACGGGGAAUUGGAUUGUGCAUGUGUGUAUCCUUCCCCAUUACACUCAAGGCACCAAAUGCAUGAAUUUUUGGAUGAAAUGAAAAGGAUUCUUUUGAAUGGAAGCAACAAUGUUGGUGGCAACAAUUGA